UAAACAUGUUCAUAAUUCUAAUAUAGGCUAUAUGUUGUAAUUCUUCCUAGAUACAAUUUAAAAAGGUUUGCAUCCAGUUGGACCAAACAGUCCUCAGCUUAUAAACGCCCACGUCACGCUUGCCACACUUCUUCCAGGAACGCACACACACACUCUCUCUCUCGCUCACUCUCUCGUAUGCGUCUGGGAUGUGUAUUCGUGUGAAUCUAAAAGUGCGUGCGCGUGUGUUCGGUGUUCUGGACACUUCUAAAUAACGAAAUAUCUUCCUUCAAGCACAGAAAAGCGGAACAAAUAGAGUCAUAUGACAACCGUGAAGCUGUGGUGGAACUAGAACUGGUGUGGCUAACUUGUUCUUUUAAUUUCACAUUUUUUUUACACCGAUGGGUAAAAAAGGCAUUGGUCCUGCCAGAGGUCUCAAUUUACCAUAGGUAACCUGUAGGUAAUCCUGUUUGCCAGCCGACCGUUUUGGGAAAAUAUCGUGUAAUGAUCCAGGAUGUUGGAAGCCGGCCAAGACCUUGCUCAACUCACUGACUGGAAAUAAACAGUGGCCCCGGGAAGUUGAAGCCACUCGAAGAACGGGUGUGGAAUUAAACUGAUUUUCCAGUUAGCGAUUAUGAGAGACCACACGUCAGGCGGGAUCAAUGACACUUUCGCGCGACCAGCUGGCCGUGGGCCUGCUCUACCUGUCUUGGAGUCUGUGGGCUUCUGCUGCUGUCUUGGAAAAGAUCGAAUUCGAUGAGGUUCCGUGUGUCACCUGCGAAAAGGGUCUGAUUGGCUGCAGAGUAGAAGAUGAGGUUAUCCAGAGGCCUGAUUCUGAUUAUGUGUAUGUGAGAAAACUGGAUGCCGGGGCCUUUCUCUGCUGUAGAAGAGGGAAAGACUGCAGACCCUGUCUACGGAUCCAAACCCACAUCACCAGCAAUGGUCUCCUGGAUGACAGUCAGCUGUCUGGCAAUGAUGAUGAUGAACAGGCACCAGAGGAAGGUUUUGUGAGUUUGUGCUGCAACAUCCCGAAUGGUUGGCCUGUGUGCAAGAGGGUGGAAUUCAAACUGCCUCCUCCUGCUCUGGAGGAGCAUCGCAACACAGAGGCUGAGUUCUCUCUCUCUCUGCUGGUGUUCGAUAAGAUAUAUUUUGGCAGCCAGGUGCUGGUGUCAGCACAAACCCAGAAUCAAACCAUAAUUAUACCUUCGGAGAGCGACGUAUGUUCUUCAGAGCUGCGGGCAUAUGUGCAGGAGUGCAGUGUCCCCCCACUACAAACUGUAAUUGACAAGGAGAAGAAAGUGGCCUUACUAAAAUUGGACCAGGAGGACAUAAAGUCCACCUCUCCAGUGGAAAUAUGUCAAAAAUAUGGAGAAGCUGGCGAGUGCAGAUAUCAGAAAUGGAAUGGGACAAAUAUAUCCAUUCCUCUGGACUCUGUUGCCUUCUGCCUUUGCUUCCAGGUCAGGAGAAGAGAUGGCGGUCUGGCUUGGGAGACGUGCCCUUUCUGGAGUUCUAGAGAAUUUCUUGAGAGAACAUGGAAAAGGGUGCAGGUAUCGAUAGCCCCAGCUCAGACUAACAUUGGCAAGCCGGCGUUGGCCUGGAAACUCACUGCCUCCUGCAGGCUAGAGGCUGAACUCUGGCUGUGCAGGAUGGGAGAAGUCGGACAAGAGUGCAGAGAGGUGGAAGGUUCCAGGCAGCAGGUGGAGAACAGGAGUUGGGAAGACUGGCAGACGGACCUCCAGGGCCACUGGGUAAAAGGGGAAUUCCUCAGCAUUGUUCCCCACCCGUCUUUGUGUGUGCAGGUGCAAGUGAAUGGGAUGGACAGACCACUGGAUCCCAAGUGUCCCUUUUCUACCUCUAGGAGGCGUUGGAUCUUCCCUGUUGUGCUGAGUGCACUAAUGAUCUGUAUGGCUGUCCUAGGAGCAUGCCGUCUCCACAGCAGUGUCAAAGACUGGGUGAGCCGCUGGUGGAAAGGCAAUGGUGUAAGAGGGGCAGUGUGCAAGAGAGAGGUGGUGCUGCUGUGCCCCCCAGAUUUGGACCCCACCUUGGCAGCGCUCGUGUCACGGCUGGGCACAGCACUGCGCACUCUGGGCUUCGGUGUGACGGCGGACCUGUGGAGCCGGGCAGAGUUGGGGGCCUUGGGGCCUGUGCCCUGGUUGCAUGGCCAACUGGACCGCCUGGGGAGAGCGGGAGGCCAGGUGGUGCUCAUACUGACCCGGGCAGCAUGGGAGAAAGUGGGGCAGUGGGGUGGGGCUGCGGGUGGGGCCAAGGAGAAAGAGCAGGGGAUGUCUCCAUACGCAGAUGUUUUCAGUGCUGCGCUGAACUGCCUUCUGGCAGACCAGCUACAGGGUGGCAGCAAAGGUCGCUUCACCCUGGUGCAUUUUGAGGCCCUGCCCUCCCCCUCCUUCGGCAAGGGUUCACUCGAACCCCUGUCCCUACAUGGACUGCAGCCCUACGCCCUCCCCUUGCAGUCUCUCCCCUUCCUCAUGGAGCUGACAGGCCAGAGUUUGGUGGGGCUUUGGCCUGCUUCGCGGGUGCUGGACCGAGCCCUGAGGGGGCAUGGUGAGGAGAGCACAGGGCCAGGAGACACAGGGGAGGCCAUGGCCCUGAUGGGCAUUCACAUGUCCCAGACACAGAUGGACUGGUUGAAAGACACUCCCUGAUUAAGGGUCUAGCUAGAGGGGUGGGGCUUCCUGAGAGUGGGAAGUAUUUUUGCUGUAAGAGGCAUGUGGAGAACCACUGGGAAAAAAAUGAAGGAGAUUUUUUUUUUUUUUACUUUACAUUCACAUACAUACUCCAACAUACCACAUACACUCCCAGCUGCACUCACGCGCACAGUCACACCAACAAAUGCACUUGAAUAGACACGUGUGCACAAACAUUAACAGCACACCAACAAGCUUUUGUUCUGAAAAUUGUAUAUGACUUAAAUGUAAAUAAUGUAUAUUUGAUCAUUUGUAAACAUAGCUGUACAUUUCUUUAUGUUAUAUAAAAUAAAUUUAACUGAAAGACACUUAAUAAAAUAUGACGAUGAUGAUGAUGAUGCAUUCUUAGGGGCCAAGCACCAUAGGUGCAUAGGCACCUAUUGUAUUUGUUAGUUUUUUUUUUUUUUUCACAAUUAGUUUUCCACCAUGGGAGUCUAUGGCAGCCCCUAGAAUCGCUUAGAGCUGCAACAGUAUUGUGUUCAGGAAUCUACAUUCCUCAACUGAGGCCCUUGCCUCCAAAGUGGCUCCUGCUAAGAAUGCAGCAGGGGCCAACGCACUGGUUUGAAAGCCUCAUGUGAUGGCAGAAGUGAAGGCUUCAAUGCUCAAGUUCUGGCCAGUUAGUUGGAGGGAGAGGAGUGCAGCCUCUACAAAACAUCCUACAUCCUGGUAAAUGAGGGGAAACAAGGGUCUGGCGUAGGCUACGCAAGAUUGCUGUCAUGCGUAUGGCAUGACAUCAUCCCAGACCUGAAGACCCGAAGAUCCACUGGGACCGAAAGGUUGUCUUUAAUAAAGGUGUGUAUGGAUGUGUAUUGACA